AUGCCACCGCUUGGGCCCGAAUGCAACGACAACAUACUCCCUCGAGAACCAGCGACACAUCUGUUCCAUGACAAAGACUAUAAUCUUGAAAAUUUUACUGUUGUUUGGCUCGACGCUGAUAUAGAUAAAACAAAUGAUUGCUACGAUACAAAAAAGCGUUUAAAAACCAUUGCUAAUCAUUUAAGAACUUUUUGUGAUAUUGAUGAAUGUAUUGAUUAUAUCUCAUCAGUUAAAAUGGCUCAAGUGUUGCUAAUUGUGUCUGGUUCAUUCGGUGAAAUCAUUGCUCCUCUCAUUUUCGAACUAUCUCAAAUUACAUUUAUCUACAUAUUUUGUCGAAACAAAAUUAAGCAUGAAACAUGGGCUAAUCAUCAACUAAGUAAUCAAAAUAAAAUUCGUGGUGUGUUUACUCAUAAAGACUCUCUUCUUAUUCAGAUAGCUGAGGAUGCUAAAGUUUUAUCAAAAGACAUGACGCCAUUGAAUGUAUUUAGUUUGACUCACAAUGAAAAAUUAAUUUGUGCUUUAUACAAAGAAAGCGCUGUGUUUAUGUGGAAUCAAUUGCUGAUGGAUGUUUUACUUCGUAUGCCAAAAUCUGACGAGUCGAAAAUGGAAAUGUUAACCGAAUGUGAAUCAUAUUACAGAGACAAUGCUAAAGAACUCGAAAAGAUAAAUGAUUUUCGUUUGAAUUAUUCGUCUGAUGCAGCCGUGUUAUGGUACACGCGUGACUCAUUUGUAUAUCGCCUAGUAAAUAAAGCUCUUCGAACUCGAGAUAUUGAUAUUAUAUUUAAAUUUCGGUCUUUCACUGUUGAUCUUUAUCGACAAUUGCAAAAAGAACAUCCAAAAUUCAUGAAAUCUUUCGAUGAAUACUUUCCAACGGUGUAUCGAGGACAGCAUUUGAAAGCCGAUGAAUUACAAGUGCUAAAAGACAAUAUUGGCCUACUGAUUUCGAUGAAUACUUUCAUAUCAACGACAUUUGACAAACAUGUAGCUUCGAUCCAUGCUGGUGACGGUUCAUUCAGUCCCAUUUGGGAAUCUAUUCUAUUCGAAAUAAAAAUUAAUACACGCAUUCACACAAAACCUUAUGCUAAUAUAAGAGAACUAAGCUUUUGGACGGACGAAGAUGAAGUACUUUUUUCGGUAGGCACCAUAUUUCGAAUAGAGUCUAUCGAAAAACAAAUAGGAAGCGGAAUCUGGAGUGUAAAACUGUUGCUGGACACCGAAGACGAUGAACAGUUGAAAGCGCUGAGUCAACAGAUAAGAGAAGAAAAUGAUGGACCAUGUGACCUAAACAUGUUGGGUGGUCUGUUAAGACAAAUGGGUGAAUACUCUAAAGCUGAACGGUAUUUGCGAAGACUGAUAAAUCAGACGUCGCCAAAUGACCCUAAUAAGAGCACGUUUUACAACAACAUCGGACUGGUUUACAAAGAUCAAGGCAAUUAUUUUCAAGCAUUGAAAUAUUAUCAGCAAGCUCUUGAAAUACAAUUGAAGACUUUGGGUCCGAAUCAUCCAUCUAUUGCAACAACGUACAACAACAUUGGAGUGGUUUACAAAGAUCAAGGUGAAUAUUCUCAAGCAUUGAAAUAUUAUCAGCAAGCUCUUGAAAUACAAUUGAAGACUUUGGGUCCGAAUCAUCCAUCUAUUGCAACAACAUACAACAACAUUGGGCUGGUGAAGGUUAAAGGUUCGUGCUUAGCUUUCAUCAAAUAUCCGCCUGGGAAAGAAUAG